UUAACUCAGGGUUUCAGGGCUUACAUGAUUGUAGGGAAGUUUCUUAACUACAAUGGGCAAUCCAGUAUUAUCCUUAAAUGGGGUAUAUGUCGUUUUAUCAACCCAUCCUUUGUAAACCAAUCCAUAAUGACUCCUCUCAUCCAGGCAUAUUUGAAAUCCACUAAAACCUGCAACUUAACUCAAAUUAGGUCAAAAUCCCCAAAUCACAGAUCUCAAAACCACCGUCAACGAUAGCCGCACCAAAACCCAGAUCUACGGCCGGCAACCACCAUCUUCGUCCGGCAAGAACGAACCCAACCCAUCGCUGGUCAACCUUUCUUCUAUGGCUGCUCACCCGCACCAAAACGGUUCUGGAACAAUGGAGGUCAGACAUGGAAGAUGGAGGUCACCCGCACCAAAACGGUUCCGGGUUAGCUAAUAUAGUUCUUCUGACAUCUCCUCCACCUACCUCACAAAUUAAUUUCAUUUCUAACAACAAACACAGACGAAUUAAUGGCUCCUUGGUCACCUAUAAAUCCCCAAAUUGUACUCUGCCAUGGCAGUUGCUUGCGAGAUGGCUUGGUGGUGUCCAGAUUUAGUGGUGGUGGAGAUUGGUUAGAGAGAGAUAAAGAGGGAGAGAGAUGGCUGAUAGAAGAGAGGAGAAGAGAGAGUUUGAUGGUGAGGAAGAUGAUGCUGGGCCGCACCUUCUCUACAUCACCAAAAUCUUUCUUCACCACAAAAAUGAAUUCUUCUUGUGAACAAAAACAAAACAUAAAUGUUCUUCUAGUUACUCUUUCAGCUCAAGGUCACCUGAACCCCAUCCUAAAACUAGGCAAAAUUCUUGUUAAUAAAGGCCUCCAUGUCACUCUUGCAACCACCAACUCUGCCCUCAAAAACAUGUCCUCUGCCCCAAAUUCCAUCGGCGGCGUCCACCAUGAGUUCUUCUCCGAUGGUCUACCUAUCGACUACAACCGAAAGGCUAAUAUGGAUUACUACAUGGACACACUAAGCAAGUUUGGACCCGUUAACCUCUUGGCCUUGAUCAAAUCCCAUCCAAGAAAAUUUGCAUGCGUCAUCCAUACACCUUUUGUUCCGUGGGUAUCUGAUGUGGCAGCUGAGGUUAGUAUUCCCAACGCCAUGUUGUGGAUCCAACCAUCCACUCUAUACCAAAUAUACCAUCGUUUUUACAACCAUCUCGACGAUUUCCCAACCGAAAGUAACCCGGACAUGAGCGUUAAGCUGCCCGGACUGCCCGUUUUUCACGCGGAUGAGUUACCCUCGUUUGUUCUUCCAUCAAACACGUUCCGUAGCUUUGAUAGUAUACUAAAACAAGUGUUUCAUAACAUGCAUAAGGUGAAGUGGGUGCUGGGGAACUCGUUCAUGGAGCUCGAGAAAGACGUGAUCAUGUCGUUGAAUAACGGUGGCUGUGUGUUUUGGCCCGUAGGACCAUUAGUCCCGGCAACCCUUAUGGGCAAAGAAGAAGAUGUCAGUUUCGAUCUUUUCAAAUCGAAUGAAGAUAGUAACUGUAUGGAAUGGCUAAACAAACAAAAACCCUCUUCAGUUGUUUACGUUUCGUUCGGGACACUCUUGUUUUUGACCGAAAAAGAUAUAAAGAACAUAGCAUCCGGUCUUAAAACCACAAAACGACCGUUUCUAUGGGUGAUAAGAGUGCCGGAAAAUCAAGAACUACCCAAACAUGGGUUCUUGGAGGAGAUUAAGGAACAAGGUUUGAUUGUAAGUUGGUGCCCACAAACACAAGUGUUAUCACAUCCAGCAGUUGGGUGUUUCUUGAGUCACUGUGGGUGGAACUCGUUGCUCGAAAGCGUGGUGGCCGGUACGCCGGUUAUUGCUUGUCCGCAGUGGACGGAUCAGCCGACGAAUGCUAAGCUGGUGACGGAUGUUUGGGGUGUUGGUGUGAAGGUGAAGAAGAGUUUAGAUGGUGUUGUUAGUGGGGAGGAAGUGGGAAGAUGUGUGGAGGAGGUUAUGAGUGGGUUGAAAUCGGAAGUGAUCAGGAAGAAUGCGUUGGAGUUGAAAGCGGCGGCGCGUGUGGCGUUGAGGGAUGGUGGUUCAUCGGAUAAUAAUAUUCGGAUGUUUGUGGAUGAAGUUGUUUCUUCUUGUUCAUGUACGGAGCACAAAUAAAUAUCGGUGUUAUUGUGAAAUGAAAAUUUAUCUGUUUUUAUAGGAAUAUUUUAAGUAUAAUAUUGAGAUAUAUUCUAAUUAAUGUAUUUUUGAAAAAGUUUUACCAAUGGAUUUUAUUAGUACUUUUGACUUUGA